AUGGAAGAUGACGACACUGGUGCAUCCGUCGUGUCAGAGGCUUUUUCGUCUGCGGCCGAGGGCGAAGGCACCGAAGAAUGCAGCUCGCGGGUUGAUACAGACGACGAAGUUCCUCGUGCAAGCGCAAGUAAAACAAAGGGGACGCUAAAACGCAAGAGGCGCGCCACUGGGCCGUCGCAGUUUGGAACAAUUCUCCAGUCUCUCCUGGAGACGGAGACACCCUCUGCCCUCCCGCUUUCUCUAAAGCCUUCCAUAGCGCGUCGACGCAAUGAUGCAAAGUUAGAACUAAAAGCCAGGAAGAUGAUCCAAGUCGAGAGGAAAGAAAAGGAAGAUAGAGGUCGGAUAAGGGGUGUCAUCGAAGGAUGGGGUGCAGAAAGCGAACGAUCUCUCCGCAAAGUAGCGCAAAGAGGAGUUGUCAAGCUUUUCAACUCGAUACAGCAAUCACAGACGGCAGCGGCAGCGGAAGAAGCAGAGGCAUUGGGGGCUCGUGGCACCGGCAAACCAGCGCUGCCUGCACCUACAUUGGACAACCAUGGCAAGGGAAAGCGCAAAAACAAGCAGAAAGAUAACUUGAUAGGGAGAGGCAAAGAGUCUGCUGUGGACAAGGACAGUUUCUUCGACCUGAUUAGAUCUGGUGGAACACUGGUGUCAAAAGUAUAG